AAUUGCCACAAUAUUUCAUCCAUCUGCUACUUUCCGGAUGGCAAGCAAAUGAUCAGCGGAUCAGGGGAUAAGACCGCUAGACGAUGGGACUUGCGGGCUGGCAAGGAGAUUGAGAAGGCGCGAGAAGUUUGCGAGCAGGGAGUACAUGCGGUGGGGGUAUCAAGGGAUGGUCGAUGGGUUGUGACGGGUGGUGGAUAUUUCAACAAGUGCCCGGGGGAGCUCAAAAUCUGUGAUGUUCGGACGGGGAUUAUGAGAAGAUUUGAAGACCAUUCAAUGGAAAUCACCUGCAUUGACAUGUCUGCGAACAGCUCGUUGCUGGCGAGCGGGUCGAUAGAUUGCACAGUGCGAAUAUGGGAAUUGGAUACCGGCAAACUGGUGGCUGGCCCAUUCAAAAUUGAUAACAUUUUGACUGGGGUGGGCGCGGUUCGGUUCUCACAAGACUUGAAGAAGCUCGCAGUCAAGUCAAGAGUAGCAACGUGGCUUGAAGUGUGGGAUGUCGAAGCACAGAAAUUGGACGUCAGAAUGGGGAAAGAUCCUCGUCACGGGUUAACGACUCAUGCACCGGUGUUCUGGACAACCAAAGACAAAACAAUCGUGGCCGCAUUGAACAUCGGGCAGGAUUUGAAUGCCAGCCCCUCAUCGGAAUGGCACAAGGCGAUUCAUGAGUUGGAUGCAUUAACGCUACAGACUGUCGGAGCUCCCUUCGAAGGGCACACCAUUGGCAUCUCUGAUCUAGCACUUUCAUUCGAUUGUGCUCUUCUCGCUAGUGCUUCUUGGGAUAAUACCAUCAAGCUAUGGGCCUUCCAGUCUCGCCAGCUCCUUGCCUCAUUUGACGUUCAGGAUCCCUUCAUCCUUAUCAUCCCUCCCAACUCACACCAGCUGGUUUACUCGACUUACGCCGAGUCCGAGAUCCACAUAUGCGACAUUCCACCCAAGAUCAUUGCCAUUAUCUGGCCUAAUACCAGUGAAUCUAAACAUCACAAUAUCCUCGAUGUACGUGAUCCCUAUUCAUCUACGCCAUCCCAUCAAUGCAUUUUUUUGCGGUCUGACGCAACACGUCGUGCUGUGCCUCGUAAACCAGUGAUUUCACCUGUCACAUCUUUUACUCCUCGGCCGCAAAGACCUUCCCAUACCACACAGCAACGUGAUUUCUUUCGCUACCUCCGCAUGGUCCUUCCUUCUCGCACGAACGCACAUUGGAAAGAUCAUUCCCGUGAUCUCCUGGACUUCCCUGCUACAUCUCCACUGCCUCGCAACUCCUCUCUGUCAGCGCAGGAAACGGCUGAGACCCGUUCACGUAUGGAUCUCCACGAAAAUCUUCGACAUACCGCCCAAUCAUCAGCUACUGCUCCUACGACCUUCAAAGCCCGCUUAUACGACCUAUGGAUGGGUCAUGCAUUGCCGCAUAUUGUCGAUGUUCCUCCCGCGCAGGGUAAAGAGCGCAAUGCUGCAGCGGAUGCUCCUCCCAAAAACAACAGGGACUGGAUACCUUAUGAGGACUACGUUCCUUCUCGUCCUCCUUCACCGAACCCCGAUUCACAACCACAUCCACCAUUCAUAGUGCAGAUCAAUACUGGAGAGCAUGGACGCAGCCGGUUAUGUGGUUGCUUCUAAAUCUAUGCCAUGCAUAUUCUCAUGGAUAUUUUUCAUUUCAUUGUAUUGCUCCUCAUGUGCUAGAAAGCCGACUUCUGAAUUUGUGGCCAUUACACCCCUCGGAUUACUCUCCGUCCUUGUAAUACAAGCCUCGCGUCUUCUGUUAGAUGCGACCACGGUCAUUGAUAUUUCCCAUCUGUAGAUGUCCCAGCACGCAAGGACCUUGGUGAAUAAAAGUGCCCUAGUAGGUGUACGGUGCGUGCGCAGGCCAGGGUCAGUCCCUGAUUAAUAUCACCAAUAUCACCACCGCUUUCAAGUUCUGGCAUGGGAUUCGGAUGUCUAUCUGAAGUCUAUAACAGUCGAUCAUUGCAGAUUCUACAAAGUGUGCUCUUUACACAGCAACACUAUGUAUCAU